AUGUUAACACUGAGUUUAAAAAAAUUUAUUCAAGACAGAGCCUUAAUUGAUUUGGGUUAUACUGGACCUGCUUUUAAUUGGUCAAAUGGUGCUAUUGUGGAGAAGCCUAUAUUUGAGAGACUUGACAGAGCAGUGUGCAAUACUGAUUUGUUCUUCAUAUUCCCGGAUAAUGGGCUUCUUCAUAUCCCAAAGAUCAGUAGUGAUCAUUAUCCCAUCCUACAUGAUAUUGUCAGAAAGAUUAUGGAUGUUGGGAAAAAGCUGAAUGAGUGGUGUAGGAAAAUUUUUGGAAACAUUUUCAGAACUGUUGAAGAUCGUAAAGAAAAACUGUUAAAGGUGCAAAUGGAGGCCCAUCUAAGAGAUACCAGAAUGGAAGAGAAGGUGCUUUAUGAGGAGAUUGAGCAACUAAAUGUAAUGCAACAAAGAUACUAUGAACAUAGAAGCAAAGUUAAAUGGAUCCCAAAUAUGGACAAAAAUACUAGAGUCUUCCACUUGUCUUUUAUGCAAAGGAAAAAGAAGAACCAGAUUGAUGCUCUAAAGCUUCCUAAUGGCACUUGGGUGACUGAAGCUAAUGAUAUUAUCCAUUAUUUGGUGAAUCAUUUCAAUGGUCUUUUCAAGAAGGAUCCUGAUGAAGAUAUGUACUGA